UCCAAGAAAAUUUCUCUUAAGCGAACGUGAUUGAGACAAAUUGAUAUUUAUUUGGUCAAAAUUUUGGUUUGAGGCUUCAAUGGCUCAGCUCAAGGAAAAAGAGGUUCUCAUACUGUCAGACUCACUGAGCAGUGCCAGCUUUAAAGCUGAAGAGAAGACCAGCGGUCACUAUCGGCCAGGACGCGGGGAGUUCUUUGAGAAGAGAGAGACCAGGUUGGACGGAGACAAGAAAAAAGUCACUUACAUCUUACAGACAUCCGACACACAUGGGUCACCUGCCAGGUAAUUGCUUACACCUUGCUUUGCUCCAGGACAACUGGUUCACAUCCAAGGCUGUUAAUCACGUACCGUAGCUAAUCUUCUGUAUUAAUUUGAACACAUUCUGAGAUGUGGCCGAUGAGCAUCUAAACAAUCUGGAAUCACUGUGCUUUUAAUGUGAAGCCAUUCUAUAAUCUGUUUAUAGAUAUAGAAUGUGUAUUUACAACCUGAAGAAUGGUGUGCUGUCAUGUCUUAAAAUGCCAUCAACCAUUACAUUUGAAUGUCAGCAUUAUUUUUCCCAGCCCCAACUCCUACCAUUGUUUAUCUGGCUGUGCCAAUUAAAUAUGAAACUGGAGUCUCAUGUUUCAAUACAAAUUUAAAAAAUAUAUGCACACUAAAAAGUUCCCCACCGAUUUCUAGUCAAAUGAUUCAUAGCAAUAUUGUCCAGCCAUACUUGAUGUUCCCCCAUCACAUCAGUAUUGUCCAGCCAUGUUCCCCCAUCACAUCAGUAUUGUCGAGCCAUGUUCCCCCAUCACAUCAGUAUUGUUGAGCCAUGUUCCCCCAUCACAUCAGUAUUGUCCAGCCAUGUUCCCCCAUCAAAUCAGUAUUGUCCAGCCAUGUUCCCCCAUUAUAUCAGUUUUGUCCAGCCAUGUUCCCCCAUCACAUCAGUAUUGUCCAGCCAUGUUCCCCCAUCACAUCAGUAUUGUCCAGCCAUGUUCCCCCAUUAUAUCAGUUUUGUCCAGCUAUGUUCCCCCAUCACAUCAGUAUUGUCCUCCCAUGUUCCCUCCACCCAUCCAACAACUCUUUAUUUUAAAAAAGAACCAACCAACUCUUCGUGUUAUUUUUGUUACUCAAGUUUUCAAUCUUAUUUCCUCCACAGUGAUGAGGCCAUUGAAUCAAGUAAGUUUUUUUUAAAUAAUUUCUUUAAUUGAUAUGUCAAAUUUUUCAACCAUUCAAGCUGUCUUUAAGUUGCUUUAAAAAAAAAAAAGAAAUAUCUCUACUGCUAAUGUUUAGUGCAUAACAACUUCAAGUGAUUAAUGAUAAAGAACCAAUACUAUUGUUUUCCCUUGAUUAAAUGUAUUUGAAGUGAUAUUCUAUAAUGAUCACUUUGUUGUGGUGGGCACUGGAACUGGAAGGUAAAAACUAAUGAAAUGUGCUGGUGAUGCAUUAAGGAAAAGUAGCUGUAGGCCUACAUAUUUAUUAAAACUUUUGGGUGGUCAUAUACUUUUUUCAACACUGCAUGCUUUCAACCAUUUCUGUUUUGUUUUUGUGAAAAAAUUAAUUGCAUGGUCAUCUCCCCUCCAUUAUAAUGUAACUAUGAGCAAGAAUCGUUAUUAAAAUGGAUUUUUGCAAUUUGGAAGAAAAAAAAUUUAAAAUCUACCCAAUAGUAGUCAUCGACCCUGUGAAAAGGGCGUGUUCCAUAUUUGUCAUCAUUGAGUGGUAGGUUUGCAGUUCUAUUUCUAAUCCAAUGAAGGAAAAUAACCUCGACAAGAAAAGGUCUUGAUUAGGUUAAUUAAAAAUCAAGUAAUCAAGCUCUUGCCAGACAAUCUCAGCUUAUAAUAUAAGACCAUUUCAGCUUAUCAUAAGAUGAUCUCAGCUUAAAAUAAGACCUUUUCAGCUUAUAAUUAGACCAUUUUGGCAUAUCAUAGAUGAUUUCAGCUUAUCUUAAGAUGAUCUCAUCUUAUGAUAAGACCUUUUCAGCUUAUCAUAAGGUGAUGUUAGCUUAUCAUAAGACAGUUUCAGCUUAUUAUACUUAAUGUUUUCUGCCAUUCACUAUUGAAAUGAUGAUCUUCUUUUGAUAGAUCUUAGCAUACGUGUUGGUUUUGCUUCAGUACAAAUGUACAUUUUUUGUAAGGCCUAAUGUAAAAUAUGUUUUUGUUUGUUUUAUAUUGUUGUUGUUGUGUCCAGGUGACAGCCACUGCCACUCUCAGAUCAAGAAGGGAGAGUUUGACAAGAAAGCCAGGACCAAGCUGAUUCUGGCCAGUGUCCUGUGCUUGUUGUUCAUGACCGGGGAGAUGGUUGGUAAGUGAUGCAUUGCCAGUUUGGUGAGAUGUGCUUUGUUUUAUGGGUAUGGAUCUGUACAAGAAAUUUAUCAAUAUUUGAUUUUAAAACUCCCCAUACUAGUACUCUGAUGGUCUUAGUGCUCCCAUGCUCUGAGUGCUCCCAUGAUCUUAGUGCUCCCAUGCUCUUAGUACUCCCAUGCUCUGCAAAGCCAGCUUCCUUGACACGUUUUUUUUUUAAAUCGGGAAAUCCAAACCAUGGAUUUAUUUUUUUUUGCUAUGAAUUUUUGUUGCUGAUUUGAUUUUGUAUUACUGCCUCAAUAGACCCCACGAUGCUUGUUUAUAUUGAAAUUUAUUGUGUUCAUAGAAACAAUCAGGCCUUCACUGUAAUCACUCAAUUCAAUCAUUAUUUUGUUCAUGUUCUGUUUAAUAUUUAUUACUUCAAUAAUGACAAUUUGUAUUUACCCAUUUUUCUCAACUAGGGUGGCCAGGUUUUUUAAGGAGUCGGGGGACAUGAAUUAUGAUUUUCAGAGCUUAUGAAAACAAAAAAAAUGGCUGAAUUUUUAAGAUAUUACAAAUAUGAAAGUUCACUAAGAACUCCAUUAAAUAAUAAGAUCUAACAACCCUACGCUAGACCUGAAAACACAAAACUCUACAACGCAUGGAUUUAUUAGUUUGAUUAAAAUUAAUUACACAAUUUAUAAAAUAUUACAACUAUAUUACCUGAUUUAAAUUUUUUUUCAGUUGUGUUUUUAUAAUGCAUCUCAGUUUUCUUACACCACACAAUUGAAUAUUCACAUAUGCUGAUUUAUGGUUGUCAUUAUGACAGUGUUGGCUCAAACUGUUAUUUAUUAUUAUACAGGUGGCCUACUGGCCCACAGUCUUGCCAUUGUUUCUGAUGCUGCCCACCUCCUGACAGAUUUUGCCAGCUUCAUGAUCAGUCUUAUGGCCCUUUACCUGGCCCACCGGCCUGCUACCAAAAAACUCAGUUUUGGAUGGUACAGAAUAGGUAUACUUUAUAAUUGAUUAGUUUACAUGGUACAGAAUAGUUCUCCUUUAUACUAAAAUAAUAGAUAAGAUGGUAUAGAAAAGGUAUGCUUUAUAGUAACAUAAUAGUUAAGAUAAUACAGAAUGGGUAUACUUAAUAAUUAAUAAGUUUAUAAGGCACAUCAUAGUUAUACUUUAUACUAAAAUAAUAGUUAAGAUUAGACACAAUUGGUAUAAUUAAUUAGUAUAUUAAGGCACAGAAUGGUUAUACUUUAUAUAACAGAUAAGAUGGUACAGAAUGGCUGUACUUGAUUUAAAGAAUCAGCUUUAAUGAGUGAAUUGUAUAUAAUGUGAUGCUGAAAAAUUUUAUUAAAAAACUUGUGUUUUAUGUUUGCUCUAAAUCAUCUCUAUUUAUAUUGAGGUACAUAAAUCUUUCUUUCCUUUUUCAAUGUGUUUUUAUUUGUUUCCAGAUUUAAAAUCUUCCCACUUUAAAAAAUAAAAAAAAAAAAAAAAUAUAAAUAUUUUUUUUUUUUUUUUUUUCAUUUUUUUUUUUUUUUUUCCAAUUUUUAAAAUUUUCCCUUUUUAAAAAAAAAAAAAAAAGAAUUUCAAUGUUGUUGCUUUUAUUCAAGUAUUUUUUUUUUUAAUUUUAAAAAAUUUUUUUUUUGAGAUGACUACCCAAUACUUCAAUCAUAUUGACACAACUAAUAUUACAAAAUUCAUCAUUUGACACAUAGGAAAUACAAGUGUGAUUACAUGACAAUGUGUGAUGAUUUCAUAUAUUUUGUAGACAUGGAAUAGGCUAAGAAAUUAUUGAAAAUAUAUUCAUUGAUGUUACGCAUCAGGCGAUUACGUAAUUACAAUGUUACAUAUAUUUCAGAAAUUCUCGGAGCUUUUGUCUCAAUUUUGAUGUUGUGGGUGCUGACUGGGAUCUUGGUGUACUCUGCUGUCCUGCGCAUCAUGGAGGACAGCUACGAGAUCAAUGCAACCAUCAUGUUGAUAACGGCAGCCACGGGGGUUGCCUUUAAUAUAGUGUGAGUAGUUGGGGACCUGCUUGGGGUUUCUGCCAUCACUGUAAAUACAAUUAGAGAGUAGGUCAGUGAGUGUAAACAGCCUCAGUCAGUAGAUCUAAUAGUGUACACAUUCUCAGUCAGUAGGUUUAACAGUGUACACAUCCUCAGUCAGCAAGUCUAACAGUGUACACAUUCUCGGUCAGUUAGUCUAACAGUUUACACAUUCUCAGUCAGUAAGUCUAACAGUGUACACAUUCUUCAUCAGUAGGUCUAACAGUGUACACAGCCUCAGUCAGUAAGUCUAACGGUGUACACAACCUCAGUCAGUAGGUCUAACGGUGUACACAACCUCAGUCAGUAGGUCUAAUGGUGUGCAAACCUCAGUCAGUAGGUCUAACGGUGUACACAACCUCAGUCAGUAGGUCUAACGGUGUACACAACCUCAGUCAGUAGGUCUAACAGUGUACACAACCUCAGUCAGUAGGUCUAACAGUGUACACAUCCUCAGUCAGUAGGUCUAAUGGUGUACAAAACCUCAGUCAGUAGGUCUAAAAGUGUACACAGAGUGUCAUAAGAUUAAAGAGUGGGACUAGGCAUGAGAUGUAAAAGGAUUAAUCAUUAUCCCUUAGAAAUCGUUCAGUCUCUUCCCUUCUGUGUCCAGUAUGAGAUAUUUUAAUUUAUAAUUCAAGGAAGAUCUUUUUACUUAGUUUUUUAUUUAUUUGUAGUCUAGGCACAACACUGCACCAACACUCACACGGUCAUGGUGGGGGUCAUGGUCACAGCCAUGGUGGUGGCCAUAGUCAUGGUGGAGGUCAAGGUCAUGCCCAUGGUGGAGGUCAAGGCCAUGCCCAUGGUCGAGGUCAUGACAAAGGACAUGGGGGCCAUCACUCAAACGGUGGGCCGGAUCACACAGCUGAGGCCAACCACGCCUCUUCACUAUCCACACCGAGGCCCAGGAGUUACGGAAGCAUCGGAGAUGAGGAAAUGGGGGGAGGUGCAAGGAUCACUGACAGCGAGACAGCGCCACUCGUUCAGUUCAAGGAACCUGAUCAUAAGAGCCACGGACGGGAGUCUAACAUCAAUGUCAAGGCGGCAUUUAUACACGUCAUAGGUGACCUUUUCCAGAGUGUGGGAGUUCUGGUGGCUGCUUUCAUAAUCUACUAUAAGGUAAGUCAACAAAACAUGCAAUGAGUUCAACUCUUUCACUGCUGAAUUAUUUUAUCAAAAAAAAUGUACAUUUUUUUUCAAAGAGCGAAAAAGAGUGAGAAGUUGGGUUUAUUAAAAAUAAUUUUGAAUUUUUUUUUUUGGUUUAUAAAAUAAACUUGGUAUCAAAUGAAAGAUAAUUGAAAGCACCAUAUGUUUGUAAACUUAUUUCUUCAGUUUAAGUAAAAUAAGUUACAGAAAAGAACCAAAAAAUGUGAAAUCAUUUUAUGCUAAACCAUUUUUUACCCAAAUCCUAUUGAUGUACGCAUUCCUCAUCUUCACUUCCAUAACUCAAAUCCUCUAAAACUACUACUAUCGGAAUCAUGUGAUGGAUCCAAAUAUAAAUCGUCUUCACUAUCAAAAGAAAUAGUAUAAAACAAUUCCAAAGCUUUUUGAGCUGCUAAUCAUCUAGGAAACUUAUUCACCUACUAGGGCCUAGAGUAGCCAUAGCAACAGAAGAAAAAAAGCCAAGAAAAUCAUUAAAAUAAAGCUUCAAAUGAAAAUAAAUAUAUCAUAAUAUAUAAACAAUGAAGUACCACUCUUCUAUGUAAAGGUCUUAUUUAAAAAUAGCUCUUAAAAGUUUGACUGAGAAAUAGCAAAGAAACAAACUCAGUGUAAACUCCUACAUUUGAUAGCCCUAUAAACAUCAACAAAUAUCAGUGGAUUCUCAACAUGGAUUUAACACUGAGUUUUGUGGUCUACAACAUAUCUCGCAGUCUGAACAUACCUAUUAAGAAUCCAUUUUGUUCUUAAAGUGUCAUAAUGCAUGACAGAUAUUUGAAUUUCUUAAUUGUAAACAAUGUUUUUUUUAAAUAUCUAAAUGACAGCCGGAAUGGAAGAUAGCAGACCCCAUCUGUACAUUCAUGUUUUCAUUAUUUGUGCUCAUCACUACCAUCACCAUCAUGAGGGAUAUUGUUGUGGUGCUUAUGGAAGGUAAGCAAUUCGGAUAGGGAUCUGUAUGAUAUAAAGACACAUGAGCAUUUAAAACACGGAAAUAAAAACACGGAGACACAUUAGCUAGCGAGGACAGAGAUCCAUACAGUUCCAAGACACUGGAGCUAGCUAGGAUAGGAAUCCAGCUAAGACACUAGAGCUAGCUAGGACAGGGUCCAUACAGUACUAAGACAGUGUAGCUACUUAGGACUGGGAUCCAUACAGUACUAAGACACUGGAGCUAGCUUGUACAUGUAUCCUUACAGUACUAAGACACUGGAGCUAGCUUGUACAUGUAUCCUUACAGUACUACAACACUUGAGCUAGCAUAGACAUGUACCCUUACAGUUACAGUACUAAGACACUUGAGCAUUAUAGUUCCAGUAACAACCACACUAGAUAAAUGUGGACACGAAAGACUGACUUGACUAUGAUUGACUCUAAAACUGAAACGGAAAAGAUCUCAUGUAAAGAUUGGAAAUGCACAUCAUGUACUCACAAGUUUAUUUGAUCUUGUCAUUUAUAAUACGCCCAAAGGAAUCAAGAAAUCUAUUUUUACCAAGAAAUUUAUACUUUUAAAAGUAAUGAAAACACACUUGAUAUGUAAAGAAAACACACUUGAUAUGUAAAGAAAACACACUUGAUAUGUAAAGAAAACACACUUGAUAUGUAAAGAAAACACACUUGAUAUGUAAAGAAAACACACUUGAUAUGUAAAGAAAACACACUUGAUAUGUAAAGAAAACACACUUGAUAUGUAAAGAAAACACACUUGAUAUGUAAAGAAAACACACUUGAUAUGUAACAAACUAUUUCAGGCCUAUUUAAUUUUAAUGGGAUUUUUCCCCUCUAGAGGUUGACCAAAGUAAUAAAAGGAAAAAUAAUCAAAUGUUAAACUUUUGGCCCAGAAAACUAAGGCUUCUUUGAAAUGUCUUAUUUGUAUUUUGUCCUGUUGAAUUUCUAAUCCAGGCACCCCAAGGGGCAUCAACUUCAUUGACGUCAGAGAAACAUUUUUCCAGGUGGAGGGAGUUCUGGAUAUCCAUAACCUGAGGGUGUGGUCACUCACCAUGGAUAAAAUAGCUCUGUCGGUUCACCUGGCCGUUGGUAAGUAGCCUACGCGAUGGCUGGUGAAUGAACAAGAUAUAAAACAACAACUCACUUAACACACCCCCCCCCCCCCACGAAGACAGCAAACCACUGGUAUAGGAAAAUAAUACAAGAGAUCAAAUAAAGCUGCUUCCUUCUCUAACAGAGAUCCCUUCCUUUUCUAAAACUAGAGCUACAUUGACUUUAUUGAGAUCUUCUAACACACACGUCGAUAGAGCCACAUUGACCUUUGAGAUCUUCUAACACACACGUCGAUAGAGCCACAUUGACCUUUGAGAUCUUCUAACACACACGUCUAUAGAGCUACAUUGACUUUAUUGAGAUCUUCUAACACACACGUCUAUAGAGCUACAUUGACUUAUUGAGAUCUUCUAACACACACGUCUAUAGAGCCACAUUGACCUUUGAGAUCUUCUAACACACACGUCUAUAGAGCCACAUUGACCUUUGAGAUCUUCUAACACACACGUCGAUAGAGCCACAUUGACCUUUGAGAUCUUCUAACACACACGUCUAUAGAGCCACAUUGACCUUUGAGAUCUUCUAACACACACGCCUAUAGAGCUACAUUGACUUUAUUGAGAUCUUCUAACACACACGUCUAUAGAGCUACAUUGACUUUAUUGAGAUCUUCUAACACACACGUCUAUAGAGCUGCAUUGACUUUAUUGAGAUCUUCUAACACACACGUCUAUAGAGCCACAUUGACUUUAUUGAGAUCUUCUAACACACACGUCUAUAGAGCCACAUUGACCUUUGAGAUCUUCUAACACACACGUCUAUAGAGCUACAUUGACUUUAUUGAGAUCUUCUAACACACACGUCUAUAGAGCCACAUUGACCUUUGAGAUCUUCUAACACACACGUCUAUAGAGCUGCAUUACUUUAUUGAGAUCUUCUAACACACACGUCUAUAGAGCUACAUUGACUUAUUGAGAUCUUCUAACACACACGUCAAUAGAGCCACAUUGACUUUGAGAUCUUCUAACACACACGUCUAUAAAGCUACAUUGACUUAUUGAGAUCUUCUAACACACACGUCUAUAGAGCUACAUUGACUUUAUUGAGAUCUUCUAACACACACGUCUAUAGAGCCACAUUGACUUUAUUGAGAUCUUCUAACACACACGUCUAUAGAGCCACAUUGACCUUUGAGAUCUUCUAACACACACGUCUAUAGAGCUACAUUGACUUAUUGAGAUCUUCUAACACACACGUCUAUAGAGCUACAUUGACUUAUUGAGAUCUUCUAACACACACGUCUAUAGAGCUACAUUGACUUAUUGAGAUCUUCUAACACACACGUCUAUAGAGCUACAUUGACUUAUUGAGAUCUUCUAACACACACGUCUAUAGAGCCACAUUGACUUAUUGAGAUCUUCUAACACACACGUCUAUAGAGCUACAUUGACUUAUUGAGAUCUUCUAACACACACGUCUAUAGAGCUACAUUGACUUAUUGAGAUCUUCUAACACACACGUCUAUAGAGCUACAUUGACUUAUUGAGAUCUUCUAACACACACGUCUAUAGAGCUACAUUGACUUAUUGAGAUCUUCUAUCACACACGUCUAUAGAGCUACAUUGACUUAUUGAGAUCUUCUAACACACACGUCUAUAGAGCUACAUUGACUUAUUGAGAUCUUCUAACACACACGUCUAUAGAGCUACAUUGACUUAUUGAGAUCUUCUAACACACACGUCUAUAGAGCUACAUUGACUUAUUGAGAUCUUCUAACACACACGUCUAUAGAGCUACAUUGACUUAUUGAGAUCUUCUAACACACACGUCUAUAGAGCCACAUUGACUUAUUGAGAUCUUCUAACACACACGUCUAUAGAGCCACAUUGACUUUGAGAUCUUCUAACACACACGUCUAUAGAGCUACAUUGACUUUAUUGAGAUCUUCUAACACACACGUCUAUAGAGCUACAUUGACUUUAUUGAGAUCUUCUAACACACACGUCUAUAGAGCCACAUUGACUUUGAGAUCUUCUAACACACACGUCUAUAGAGCUACAUUGACUUAUUGAGAUCUUCUAUCACACACGUCUAUAGAGCUACAUUGACUUAUUGAGAUCUUCUAACACACACGUCUAUAGAGCUGCAUUGACUUUAUUGAGAUCUUCUAACACACACGUCUAUAGAGCUGCAUUGACUUUAUUGAGAUCUUCUAACACACACGUCUAUAGAGCUACAUUGACUUUAUUGAGAUCUUCUAACACACACGUCUAUGAUUUUAUAUAUCUAACUAUCUGCUUGUUUCUUGUUUUGCAAUGUCUGCUAAAAAAGGCAUCUUGGCAAAAAUGUCCUGUCUUUGUCCUGUCUUUUUCAUUUCAAGCCUAAACUUGUCCUGUUCCUCUAUGUCCUUCACAAUGCAUGAAUGCAGUCCCUCAGUUAUUAAUCCACUCCACUUUAUUUCAUGUAACUAUAUCACAAAAGAUAUUUGUUCAAAAAAAUGUAUAAACUCUACUCUACGGCUUAUGUCGAGUUGUUCCCUUUGACUGAGAUUUGAAUGGGUAAAAUGGAUAAGCCCCCUGGGUUGAAUGGUUGAAUGACAUUCACUUCACUUAUUUUUGUGCUGUCAUUGUUCAAGUUUUUCAUUUGUGUACAUUUGACCCUGUUAUAAUGAACUAGAAACAGGCCCCCCAAUCAAUAGUGACGGCUGUUAGUGAACGUCCCAUCUACCAAAGCUACUUGACAAAACAUGCAUUCAAGUACCACACAUUAUCAGAAUCCCCUCACUAGGUACCACCGCACACUUUUGCCACACUCCCCGUCAUGUCUCGGCCCCCUUUUCAUUUCUACAGCUGUUUGCAUAAAACAAAAGAAAACUUAUCCCGCCAAACGGGUUUGUGGGAUUUUUACAAAUCUCAUAUAGCGCAGUUAUCAGGAAUUUAAAUUUACUGGCACUUGAACACAGCGUUACAAAAUACAAACCUAGAGAAUCUUGAGUUGUGUUAAUUAUAAAAAUGUAAUCUCAAACAAGAGGCUUUUAAAUUAAUCAUAGGUUGUUUGUUGAUUUUUUUUUUAGAAAUUCAAAUAAUGAAGGUAAAAAAAAUUACUGUACCAAUAUUGAUCUAUUGACUUAUUCCCCCCCACCACCCCCCCCCCACACACACACUCAUACACCUACCAUCUCAUCCAAAAUGUAGACAAGAAUGCUGACCCUCACAGAGUGCUUAAAAUGGCCUCCCUGGCCAUCCAGCAGUUUUUUUUUAGAAAUUCAAAUAAUGAAGGUAAAAAAAAUUACUGUACCAAUAUUGAUCUAUUGACUUAUUCCCCCCCACCCCCCCCCCCCCCACACACACACUCAUACACCUACCAUCUCAUCCAAAAUGUAGACAAGAAUGCUGACCCUCACAGAGUGCUUAAAAUGGCCUCCCUGGCCAUCCAGCAGAAGUUCAAUAUAUCUGAGACCACCAUGCAGAUAGAGGAGUAUGUGGAUGAGAUGUUGGAUUGCCGAGACUGCCAAGGGCCGAAAUUAUAACCUUUUUUAUUUCUACCCACAGUUACGUCAUUUUGUUUGCCAUGUUAAGUUUCCCAUUGCCUUAUCAGGAAUUCUUCUAUUAAUCAUGUUUCAUCACUGUGUACUUCAUGAAGAAGUACUUGACAAUUUAAAGCCUUUUUAUAUGUUUAUAAGAAACUCAAUGCAAUAUUUACAAGAGCACAACUGAACUUUGGUCUGGUGAUGCUUUGGACCGUGCUCAAAAUUGUCUAUAGAAAUAAUUAAGUUGUUCUUUUGGUCUUUAGAUGUUCAAUAUUAUUUAGUUUAACAGUUGUUAAUAUUUUUUAGUUUAUUUUUCAAAAAUAGCUUCUGGUUGUUUUUUUAAUAAUUUUUCUGACAUAAUUUUGUAUUCUUAAAUAGAGCUCCUUUUAUUUUGUACAGAUAAUAUUUUAAAAUUAAUCAUUUCCACAGUCCAUAAAAUUCUUAUAUUAAACACUGGCAUAUUGAGAACUGCUGCUUAGUAUGGCUGGGGUAUACUUUUAUAAGAAUAUUUAAAUAACAACUGAUCAUGAAAAGUGACCAUGUUUGACAACACAAGGCUUCCCUUGCAGAUAUUAUAAGAAUAAUUUUCAGGUAUUUUAAGAAUAAUUUGGGACUGGUCAAGUGUGUUAAUACAUUACCAGUUGCAGGGUGUUCAGAUUUGGGGCACUUUGAUUAAUAUAAUUAUCCCCACCUGUCUAUACCCCAUCUGUAUAUACCUCACCUGUCCCUAUCCCACCUGUCCAUACCCCACAUGUCCAUUUGCCACUUGUCCAUAUGCCACUUGUCCAUACCCCACAUAUCCAUAUGCCACCUUUCCAUACCCCACCUAUCCAUACCCCAUCGGUCCAUAUGCCACCUUUCCAUACCCCACAUGUCCAAAUGCCACCUCGCUUUUCCCUAAAUAUCUGGCCAAAUGUAUCAUUCACUGCUGCCGGAAGCAUUCCCCCACAAAGAUCUCCAAAGUCAUUUGACAUCAACUUGAUUGAUGGAACAUAAGUGGUGGCCAUUUCAGAGUAUGUGGGGCAUCUGCAAUAAAUGUCCAAGAAUUCUGGAGCUUAUUUGAAUUUUUUCUUCUCCUAAACUAUAGUCAUUUUUUGGUGUGUGUAUGUGUGCAUUGGCUUUGCAUUGACUCAACAAAUUUCUUUUGUGACAUACAUUUUUUAUGCUUUAUGUGACUGAAGACAAAUGUGUUCCACUGCAGAAAAUGAGGACAAAAAUAAAACCUGAUCUCAUGGGAGAGACAAGAGUUGUGUGGGGGAUGUCAAGAAUGAAAAUGUUAAGUUUAAAUUUGUUGGGGGGUUUUUCCAUAUCUAUAAUACAUGUAUAUUUCAUAUGAUGGGUGUUUUUUAUUUUGAGUAUCCAUUCCAAAAGAGGUAGUAAUUUUAAUUAUUUUUUUUAAAGAUCUAAAACUACAUAAAUUUGUAUCAACCUUUUCAAAAAGAGGUUGAAUUAAAAUUUUAUUUUCUGCCAUGUUGUCAAGCAGGUUCAACUCUUUCAUAAUUUAUUUGAGCCAUGCUGAAUGUUUGUUUAAUAUUCAAACUUUCACCUUUUGGUUCACUAUUUAUCUAUGUGAAUUGCUAAGUCGCUAUGAUAUUAUACAUAAUAAUUUUAUACCUCUGAUAGUAUUUGGGUGUUGGUAAACAUUACUGUUAUGUACAUCCCUGAUAUUAAUUGUAUUUUAUUAACCUCACAUUCAUAUUUGUACAUUCCUUCUCAACGUUCUAAGUCCACAAAUAAAAUGUGUACUGUAAAGAAAAAAUGUUAAAAAAAACCUCUUAAAUGAUGUAUUUAAAUGAUGUAUUUAAAUGAUGUAUUUAUUAC